UCGUGCUUAGAAGCGCCGAAGACUAUCGAGAAGGUUUGCAGAACGUCUCCAGAGCGGACUUUGGAUUGAGCGGAGAAGGACAUUCGUUGGCCGUCCAGACUGUAGACCACCGAACAGAUCAACAUCUAGAAUGGCCACUGCAAGCACCUCUGGACAAAACCCCUUCGGGCUGGGCAGGAAGAAGAAGGCCCCGGGUGUCCUUGAUCAAAUCAGCAGGUUCUUCGGAGGAGACAAGAAGAGAAAGGGAAAGGGUUCAUUUCGUGGUCAUCUAUCCUCCUCUCCACAGAGACCCCACCACUCUUCCACCCGCCGCCGUGGAGACGUCAACCCUGUCGUGCAUUUCUUCAGGAGCUUUGUGUCCUCUCCUCGUCCCAAGUCAAGGUGGAGAGAACUAUUGGGCCUGGGAGACAGACGAUCUCGCUCUCCACCCAAACGCUGGAGCACCAUCUUCUGAGCCCUUCUCUAAGCAGGAAAACACCGAGAUGGAAGAGAGUGAAACGGACGAAAAGCAAAAACUUGAGAGGGAGGAUGUCUGCCCUACAGACUCACCAGUUGCAGCGAGUUUAACUGCCUAACAUUGGCCAUCUUCGCUUCCUAGAUAGAGAUACAAUCCAAGUAUCUGUUGCUACAUGCCUGCAGGGUUACAGAAGCACGUGUUGACUGUAUGUGUGCAAACUUGCUGUAAUAAUUGUCAAUGGUCAGGUGAUGCAAAACGUCUUGUUGUAAGUCUCCCUUCUAAAUUUAGCUCAAUAUAUCCCAAAAACAACCAUCAUCCAAUAGGUUUGACACAAUUAGACAGAAUAUUUAUUUUUUUUAAUUCCUGAAACAACCAAAUGAAUCAUUCUGAAUUGGUCUUAUAUGUGUUUUACACAAUGAAUUGCUUUUUAUGCUAUCCAGCAUUUGAUGUGUGGCCUUUAUGUUAUGUUAUACAAGCCUCUCCAUGGUUUUGUUGAGAUCACUGUUCAACCUCAUGUGAUUUGCAUUUGUGUAUGUUUGUGUUCACUGUGGUCUUUGUGUUGCAUUAAUAUUGGUUAUUUACUUUAUACCAGGAAUUUGUACAUAGGAAUCUUUAUUGAGUUUUAAUUAAUGCAAAAAAAAAUAUGAUGACCAGUUAACUAUAUUAAAUUUGAUUCAGUUUGACAAAUGAUUUAGCUCUAAAUCAGGACCGUGCCUUACAAUGAUUAAAAACAGACUAAAAACACAAUUUUGUGAACUAGGGAAUAGAUUCUAAGCAUGUAUGUGGCUUGGAUUGUAUGCCCUCAGAUGUUGCACUGCAGUAUGUGUGUUAAAACUGUCUGUAAAUGUUGUCUGCGUCAUUACAUGUGCAAUUUUGGUGUUAUUUUAGAAAGGUCUCGUAAUUACCAGGGGUAGGAUUAAUUUAAAAACAGACAUGCAGAAAUCUAGGACAAAGAGUCAGUGGGAGCAUAAAGGGAAAGGGUAUGAAAAAAGGAAGGAAACCUGAAAGUGCAAGA